AUGAAAAAGAAGUUAACUUUGUAAUUUGCAAUACCUGGAAUAGAACAAGCAUAUUAAUAAGAUCGAUUAAUAAAAAAUGUAAGUAUGAGGAAGAUUCUUUCUAUAUUAUUAUUAUUGUUUGCACUAGUCAGAUUGGUGGCUUCUAUUGCUUAAGGAAGUAUGGAAGUGAUGUAUUGGGAAAUCUGUUUUACUUGUUACAGUAUAUUUCUUAUGGCUUUUUCAUUUAAAGGUACUCAAGAAAAAGUAAGGAUGCUUUUUAUUUUUACUAACAAUCUACUUUGUGUACUGUAGGUUUGUGCAAAUUAUUAUAAUAAUGCAUAAUGCAUAUACAUUAAUGGAUAAAAUGUAAUGAUAUUCAAUAUGACUAUGUUUUAUUUUUCAAGUAUAUAAGAGGCUCCAAUUUAAUUGAUUGUGUUCUUUGCAACUCGAAUUAUUAUUUCUGGACUGGUAAAUAAUCAUUUCAUAGUUGAAGACUUCAUUUAAAUGAUAAUAACUACUCUAUGUAUAAUAUUAUUUAUCUAUUAAAAUGAUAAAAAUUAGAGAGCCCAUUUUUAAUUAUAAUUUUCUAAUAAAUAAUGGGGUAAAAUCUAUAAAUUAAAUUAGAAUAAACCUUACCAGUAAUAAUAUAAAAUCCAUUUUUGAUGUUUACUUAUGAUGAAGAGAGAAUAAACUUUGAUUUAAAAAUAUAGAAUGAUAUGUAAAAGAUAUUUUGGGAUAAUGAAAAGGCUCCAUCUGAAAAUCUAAGAUCUUUUUUAAGAACUUAUAAAAUGGGUAAUGAUAAUCUUGAAUUUUAUAUAUUGAAUAGAACAAGAAUAUGUAAUGAUUACAAAAAGAUUUACUUAAAUUAUUUGAGAAUUCAAAAACAUAAUGAGGAUUCUGAAUCAAAAAAAACACUUAUUAGAUUAUCUGAUUUUUAUUUGGGUUAAAAAGUAUUUUUAAUAGUAUUUGAUUAACAUGAAUAGAAAAUUCGUUAACUUUAAAAUUUAAAAGAUGCCUUAAUUUAAGGAAUUAAUUAACAUUAGAAUUUGACUCUUAAUUUUCUUAAAAAAUAAUUAAUUUUAUUGUAAAAUGCAAUAAAUUCAAAAAAUAAUACUAUUGAUUAUAUUUAUAAAUUAAAGAUUCAUUAUAUGUACUUUAUAGGAAAAUAUACAUAAUGCAAUAGUUUUUAAGAAAUAGAUGAAAAAAUUAAAGAGAUUAAUAUUACAGAAAUGGUUAAAAAUCUUAUACACAUAUAUGGUAUGGCCUAUAAACAUAUAUAAAUUGAAUUUUCCAGUAAUAGUUUUGAAGAUAUUUAUGGUUUCAGCAAUGAAUCAUUACUGAACAUAUUCUUGGUCAUUCUUUUAUAAACUUUAGUUAGACUUUAUUCAAAUGGAAAAACUAUAUUUGUCCAUUUAACUUAUAUUAAAGAUAAUUCUGAAUUUUAAUUAAUAAAAAUUAGCAUUUUAUUAGAUAAAAUAGAAGAAUUCAAAUAAAAAUUAAUUUUUAAUCAAUUAUUUUAGAAAAUACAAGUUAGAUUGAGUCCAAAGGUUGAUAUCAUAACAUCUGAAAAUUGUAAACAAUAAUUUUAUAUAUUUAAGCUUGCCAAUUCUUAAUUUAUAAGAAUCUCUAAUAAUUAAAUGAAAUAAGAAUCUUAGAAGAAGAAAUAGAAUGA